AUGCAAACCUCUAUGUUGCUCAAUACCUCACCUGAAUUCGAGAUGGCAGUCUACACAAUUUGUGCGCUGAACGGAGGACAGAUUGAUCAGUGUUACCCCGCCAUAUCCGGGUCUGCUCCUAAAACGACGAAGAAGUCUGGAGGUACCACUAAGAAGCCAAGUGCCAGUGAUCCUGAUCUGCAGAUCCUUGUGGAUAACAUGCGAGCUGCCGAUGUCGACAAGGCCGGUCCUAAUGACUACACUCUGGACUGGGGUAACAAAGUUUCAGGAAACAAGAAAACCAGCCCGAAUCAGCUCUUUGCCUACGUCAACGAGACUCUUUUCCAACGACCUGUCUACGCCACUUUGAUCGAUGUGUUCAACAGGAAUCUUUUCACUCCUGAGGUGUGCACUGCUGAGCAAGCGAUGACUGGAUUCCGCAAAGCCGGACUGCAGCAGGUCUUCGACACAUGGACCGCUACGGAAGUCUUCAAUUUAGCCUUUCAGUACCUGCAAAAGAAAGGAUACAGUCACGCAACAGACAUGGCAACAUUGAAGACAUUCCUUUGGAACUUGUGGUUCGGCACCUACUCGCGCUGUAGCGGAGCACUUGGAAGUUCUGGAUGGGAACAUGUGUUCGUCGGAGAAUGGAAAGGAACCACAGUUGAUGGGCAGCAUGAUUGGGCUAGAUACUACCUGCUCCAGAAAGCGGGAAACAUCACCUAUCAUGGGUACUUCUCAACCUUACUGGCACAUUUCCAACACACUUGGGAAAACGAACUCAAGCAAGAAGGUGGUUUCCUCAUUGGCACCUCGCCAGCAUUCGACUUCUCCUUGCUGACUGUUUGUGCUCUUAUACAUCCUGGAAGUAAUGGAUGUAAGUACAGUAUCGAUGGGCAUCCUCUUGGAGUCACUUCGUACACCCAGGAAUGUGCAGCUGGAACGUGCCUCUCAACUGCAUAUCCAACCGAUUGA